AUGGACGACGGGACGGCGGUGCGUCUGCAGCAGGCGGUGCCGACGGGAACGACCGCGGUGACCGAACUCGACGGUGACGGUGACGAUGACGACGACGACGACGACGACGACGACGACGGCGAAGAGGUGGACACGGGCGUUGACAAUCUAACUGUAGAUCAACUUCAUCACCACCAUCAUCAUCAUCACCACCAGCAGCAGCAGCAACAACAACAACCACACCACCAUCACCAUCACCAGCAGCAGCAGCAGCAGCACCAACAACAACAACAACCGCAGCAACAACAGCUGCAGGUGGACGGCGGUGGCCGGUCCGUCAAGCCACACGCCGAAUUGACGCAAAUGCACGCGACCACCGUGGCCAUGCUUUAA